AUGGCCUCUCCCCCCGAAAUACUCGCAUACUCAGGGCUUUUCUUCAGUGGUGCGUUAAUCAUGCGCGGGGCAGGUUGCACGAUCAACGAUCUUUGGGAUAAGGAUUUUGAUCCUCACGUAACGCGCACGAGAUUCCGACCUAUUGCACGAGGCGCAGUGACUCCUGAAAAGGCCAUUGUGUUCACCGGAUUCCAGCUUCUAGCAGGCCUAGGAAUACUUCUUCAAUUUCCUCUGCAGUGCUUAUAUUAUGGAGUUCCCAGCCUGGUAUUUGUCGCAACAUAUCCGCUGGCCAAAAGAGUUACAAACUACCCCCAAGCCGUUCUUGGAUUGACAUUCUCGUGGGGUGCUGUCAUGGGCUUCCCGGCUCUCGGUGUGGAUAUAUUGAGCAAUACCGAUGCUCUACUAUCUGCUGCGGCUCUUUAUAGCAGCUGCGUCGCCUGGACUGUGUUAUAUGACAUGAUAUAUGCGCAUAUGGACAUCAAGGACGAUGCAGCCGCCGGUAUCAAGUCUAUUGCUUUACGACAUGAACAUAACACUAAGACAGUCCUUUCGGGGCUGGCUGUUACUCAGGUAUCCCUUCUUGCACUUGCUGGUUGGGCUGCUGGUGCCGGACCGAUAUACUUCGCAGGCACUUGCGGGAGUGCCGUUUUGUCACUGGGGAUUAUGAUUUGGAGGGUGCGCCUAAAGGAUGUCAAGAACUGCUGGUGGUGGUUCAAGAAUGGUUGUUGGAUCACCGGUGGAGGUAUAGCAUUAGGUUUGGCUGGAGAGUAUCUUGCGCAGUAUCUGGGGUACUAUCAACUCGAGGAUGUGACGAAAGAGGUUACGGUGGCGCACUCCUAG